AAGGAGCGAUUGGCAUCUUGGAGAAUAUUCCAGGGAACAUGAAGAAUGAUUCGGUGGCCGCCUGUCCCCUCUCAAGUGCUAUGGAGCUAUACCUCGGCCGUAUAAACAAGCAGUUAAAAAUCAAAAUUAACAUCAUGGAUCAUCACAUGCAACCUAAACGAGUUCAAGAAAUCUCGACCAAAAUACUAGAAAGAACUUGCGUAUGAGAUCACGCUCGUUCCGGCCCAUCCAAUUUUGUCGUCGUCAAGGUCGGAUUUAAAUGCACAAGGAAGAUGCAAGCGGUUAGGGUUUCUUCACGCCUUUGCGCCCAAAGCACUCGGCGACAGCCGAAGAAGAAGAACCGAACCCAAAAUAAAAGAGAGAGUCUCAACCGAUACAGAAGACGUCGUCGAAUUUGGGGGACUGCCGACGGGUCUACCAUUUUUAAUCUUGCCUUGCCAUCAUCGACUCGCUCGAUCACACGUCGCGGAUUAAGCACAGCCGUCUCGCAUCCACAACGCAUCUUCCACUCCUCGCAUCGCCAUGAACAGCUCCAUCUUGAUGAGGACAAGCCUGUAAUUGUUAUUGUAUACAUUCAAGGAGGAGACAGAAUAUUCUGACGAGAAUAUCCAAUGUGCUACCUGUCUCCCUCCAAUCUACAUAUAUAUAUGAGCAGAUUACCCCAUGCUCGAACCAGCUCAGGUGUGGCUUGUAGCAGCGUGAGAAGCAGGACGGCGAGGAGAGAGGAUGACCUGCGAGAACUACGAUCCUUGCUUCCCUGACCAGCCCGUGGUGGAUCGUUACCUUGCGAUAUGGGCCAUCCAACCUAGUUUUCGGGACAAGCCCGCCUUCAUAUGGACCCAGGAUGCUCCCAGUGGCUUGACAUGGACCUCCAUCACCUACUCCGAGCUCGACAAUGCAGCCGAAGCCAUGGCUUCGCAGCUCCUCUGCACCCUUAACAGAGGAGACUCCCUUCUCUUACUCUGCUCUCCCGGCCUCCGACUCGUCAAACUCCUCUUCUCCUGCCAACGAGCGGGCAUCGUCGCCGUUCCCGUAAUCCCGCCCGACCCUUCGGCCUUCUCCCCAGCUUGCCGCGGCCCGGCCCACCACCACCUUCUCCGCGUCGUCUCUCAGGUCAAACCCAAUGCUGUCGUCGCCGAUCGACACUAUAUCGCUGCGGUGACUGGUUCUGUAUCGUCCAGUGAUGAUCGACUGGGCCACCUGCUGCAGAAGCUACGGUGGCUUUCCGUGGAACACUUGGACGAUGAGUGCCCUCGUGCCGCUGCUUCAAGCUUAAGCCCCUCUCCGUACUUGGGUUGUGGACCGGGUGACACCUACCUCGUCCAGUACACCUCCGGCACGACUGGGAUACCCAAGCCGGUGCUCGUCACGGCCGGCGCAGCAGCGCACAACGUGCGGGCGGCGAGGAAGGCCUACGAUCUCCAGCCCAGCAGCGUCGUCGUGUCCUGGCUGCCCCAGUACCAUGAUUGCGGCCUCAUGUUCCUUCUGCUUACCGUCGUCGCUGGGGCCACUUGCGUGCUUGCCUCCCCGAGUGCCUUCUUGCACCGCCCUCGCCUUUGGCUCGAGCUCGUCACGGAGUUCCACGCGACUUGCACCCCCGUGCCCGCCUUUGCGCUGCCUCUGGUGGUGCAGAGAGGCGGGAUCAACCACGGGAAGCUGCCUCUCAAGCUGGGAAGCUUGAGGAACCUGAUUCUGAUCAACGAGCCCGUAUACAAGUCUUAUGUGGAUGAGUUCGUCAAAGAAUUCGCAGCUGCUGGAAUCGAUCCUUCGUCCGUCGCUCCUUCUUACGGACUGGCGGAGAACUGCACGUUCGUCUCCACUGCAUGGCCAAGCGAUGAAGGAUGCCGCAGUCGUUACCCCAACAUGCCAUCCUACAACAGGUUACUGCCCUCUGCCAGGCUGGGUUCCCUGUCCUCGUCUGCCAGCGAAGGAGCAGAUAUCGAUAUCGUCGUCGUCGAUGAAGAGACCUGCGAACCUGUAGAUGACGGUGUGGAAGGAGAGAUAUGGGUGUCUUCUGCAAGCAACGCAUCCGGCUACCUCGGCCACCCAUCCCUGACCAGGGAAGUGUUCCAUGGCAGGCUACGCGGUGAAACCGGCAGGUGCUUCGUCAGGACCGGCGAUCAAGGAGUCAUCGGAGGAGAGGAGAGGUAUCUCUAUGUCACCGGCCGGGAUUCUGACGUGAUCAGGACGCACGACGAAAGAAACCAGUGCGUGCACGCGCACUACAUCGAGAGUGCAGCAUAUAGCAGCAGCUCAAAGCAACUCAGGGGCGGUUGUGUUGUCGCAUUCGAUGCGGAACAACUGGUGGUGAUGGCAGAACUACAGAAGAAGAAAGAGGAGGAAAGGGGAGUUGACGUCUACAGGGAGAUAUGCGAGAAGAUAAGAGAGGGUGUGAGGAAAGAAGAGGGAGGCCGAGUUGGGUGGGUGGCGCUUGUGGAGAGAGGGAGCAUACCGAAGACAACGUCCGGGAAGCCCAGGAGAUGGCUGGCGAGGCAGAAGCUGUUGGAAGGCAGCCUCCGCCCGGUGUACGAGGCCAGGUUUGUGGCGGGGCGCCACGAAGCAUCUGCAAGAGAUGGAGGGGAGGGGGGAGUCAGACAAGGAAACGUAGCUUCGUUGAUGCCAUACCGACGUCGAAUCCGCAGGUUAUUUCUGCUUUCCUUCCUUUGAAGAGGUAUGAUGGAGGAGGAAACGAAGCAUCUGCACUGUUCUUGCUACUUGGUUUUCUAUCAGAUCAAGAGCCCAUUUCCUCAAUCAGAACAAGCCUAUUUGAAGCACGAUUCUUCUCUGAUUUCAGAGAACCUGAGUUGUAAGAAAACUAGAGCUAAAUCAUCAAUGCAACACAGAUUGGAAAUCAAAGCUGGUGUUUCACUGCACUCAGAAUCGGACAUUGCAGCGAGGACCAGCUUGUUGAUUCGGAUCAAAACUUUUUCCUCUGUAAUUUAUGGAUCCCCUAAGAAUUACCAGAGUAAUAAGAACUAUGAUGGCGUGAGCCAUAAGGAUUCAGGAACAGAGUGAGCUUCCAUAGAUAUAUAUAUUUACAGUCUACAAGACAAGACGCGGGUUUAUGUCUGCCGUCGGCAUGUGUACAGCGUAGAACGGAAGAGAGGAGAGGAGAAGAUACAGAUGAAGAGGAGCGGAUGACUUGUGAUAAGAUCAGGGAUGGCCGUAUCUUCUAGUUCUGACUUCUUGGCUUCACUCCAGCUGAUAGAUACUUCGUCCUGUCUGAAAGAACAGAAGGUUCAGUGGAUGGUGUCUCUCAACUGAAGUGUGUCUAAUUCAACUUGAUGGGAUGUUUUGAUACAGUGGACAUCGUAGAAGUGGAUGACAGAACGUAGGAGAAGGACGAGGAAGAUUGGAAGGAAGAGUGAGGUACCUCCGUGGGCAGAGGAGGAGGAGGAGGGUUAAUGAGCAUGAGGCAGUUGGCCCGUCUCGAUGCGAAGGAUGGCCUCCACCAGCAGUUCGUAGUGGCGCUUCACCUCCUCCGCCGACUUCCCGCCGACGGCGCGGGCCACGUUGUGCCGAGGAAGGAGAAGGCGGAAGGCAAGCGGAAGGCAAUCCCUGCAAUCGUGUGGGUUGGCAUGGAGAGGCGGCAGUGCUUAUAAGCAGGAGGGUGGUGGAGGCAAAGGGAGGAUCGCAGGAUGCGGGAAGAGAAUAAAAAGAUUGUGAAUUGAUGGAGUGCAGAAUCCCAUUGUUCCGCUGCAAUCACCGCUGUCCUACUUGGAUUCUUAGCUUUCUUUCCUUCGGCUCUCUCCAUUGGAUUCAGACCAAAGGAAGGAAUUCCGCAUCUCGUGUUUUUGGCUAAAGGUGCUAAGUAGAACAUUGAUCUCCUUCCAAAGCUUUAGCAUCGGAUCCAUCCUUUCCCUUUCUUCCCUCCCCAGCGCUUGCAUGGACGAGCGGCUGACCCACGCGUCACCGUACCAUGCAAUAAGAAUCCCGGCUUUCUCGCCGACUCCCCAAGUCACUGAAUAUGGAACCAACUGUAUCUUGGAAUCAGCUGAUCUAAACAUAUGAGGAUUGCCAUCGCCAUGGAUUCAGAGGAGUUGCAGGAGGAGAGCACCAACCCUGCGGUCAUGGAAAGGGAGGGCUUGGCGGGCCAAAUAAUACAUGAUAAGGAUUCUCGCAAUCACCGGGAAUCUGUAUCCGCCGGACCCCUUUUUGGAGGUUCUGAUUCCUUCCAAAGUUGUUCCUGCAGUCUUUAGCAAGUUGCCUUCCGAUUCAUCCUCUUGUUUCUCUAGUAGAUAGAUCUUUAUCUUCCAGAGUGUUGAAUCUCCAACAUUUAUGAUGAGUAGCUUCGGGUACAUGCCUCCACGUCGUCUUGCCUCGUGCCAAGGAUUUUUUAUCCUAAUUUUACCUAUGUAAGUUGAGUCACAUUAGUUUCUUCGUCAAAU